AUGUCUCGUCGACGCCCUAACUUCUCGACUCGAACCGCCGAGGAAGAUGCUGCACGAUUGGACCCAAAUGAGCACGGUGAUUCAUCUGGUGGCCGGACUCGAUUCUGGUCUCUAGUGCCAGUUAUCUCACCCAGCCAGCAAGAGCCAACUGCUGCGGGAUCCUCUGGGCGUCGCCGUUCGUCGCACACUAAUCCUUUUAGCCGUCUGGGCAGAUGGUGGGACGGGAUGAAACAAAAUGAAAAUGAAGAAAUAAUUGCAGCAGAAGCGUCGCAUAUACCCUCGUCAGGUCAUUUCCGUGAUGCCAGUGCCGAUAAGAAGGAUAAAGCUGGACAUCGAUCUCGUUCAAUGGAAGAAUCGAAGAAACUUGGUACUUUCUCCGGUGUAUUCGUUCCGACUACUCUCAAUGUACUUAGCAUCUUGAUGUUCUUGCGCUUUGGAUUCAUUCUGGGUCAAGCAGGAUUGCUGGGAAUAUUAGCCCUUCUGAUCAUAUCAUACACGAUAAAUUUGGUGACCACCAUGUCGCUGUCUGCAAUCGCAACAAACGGUACUGUCAGAGGUGGAGGCGCAUAUUAUCUGAUCUCCCGGUCUCUGGGUCCCGAAUUUGGUGGGUCCAUCGGUAUCGUGUUCUACCUUGGCCUCGUCUUCAAUACCGGAAUGAAUGCAGUAGGAUUGAUCGACUGCUUCUCACAAAAUUUUGGCACCGUCUCUGGUAGCUGGGCCAAUUUCCUCGCGGAAGGCUUUUGGUGGUCUUACCUAUGGGGAACAAUCAUUUUGAUUCUCUGCACAGCUAUCUGCUUGGCGGGGAGCUCGAUAUUCUCCAGAGCAAGCAAUGGACUCCUUGUUCUUCUUCUUGUGGCCACUUUCAGUAUCCCAGUGUCUGCGAUUUUCAUGAAGCCAUUCUUUAAAGAAGGGGUCGAGUUCACAGGAUUAAGCUUAAAGACCCUGACAGAGAACCUGAAGCCGCACUUGACAAAGGGUGCAGCAGGAAGUCAAUUGAAAGGGAGGGAAACUUUCCAGGAUCUUUUUGGCAUCCUGUUUCCAGCUACAGGAGGUAUCUUUGCUGGUGCAAGCAUGUCUGGAGAUCUGAAGAAUCCCAGCAAGGCUAUCCCUAAAGGAACACUGUCAGGCUUGGCUUUGACAUUUGUAACAUAUGCAUUGGUAGUACUUGCCAUGGCAGCCUCGAUUACGAGAGAGUCGUUCUAUAACAACUUGAACGUGAUUCAAAUCGUGAACUAUUCCGAUACUAUUAUUCUGCUCGGCGAGUUUGCGACUAGUUUCUUCUCUGCUUUGAUGGGUGUCAUUGGAUCCGCAAAGCUUCUGCAGGCCAUCGCUCGGGAUAGCUUGCUUCCCGGACUUAGCAUUUUUGGUCAAGGCACGAAGAAAAAUGACGAGCCGGUCUACGCUAUCAUUGUGACUUUCAUCUUUGCACAGGUUACAAUGCUGUUUGAUAUCAAUCGUAUUGCAUCCUUUGUGACUAUGGCCUUUCUGAUGACAUUUCUCGUGACGAAUUUAGCCUGUUUUCUGUUGAAAAUUGGAUCCGCUCCAAACUUUCGACCAUCAUUUCAUUACUUCAAUUGGCAGACAGCCGCCACGGGUACCUUGGUCAGUGGACUUAGCAUGUACUUUGUGGACGGUCUUUAUGCAACCGGGUGUGUUGGCAUUCUGGUCAUGCUCUUCCUUUUGAUCCAUUAUACCUCACCACCUAAGCCGUGGGGCGAUGUCAGCCAGAGUCUGAUCUACCAUCAAGUACGCAAAUACUUGCUACGCCUGCGUCAGGAGCAUGUGAAGUUCUGGCGGCCUCAGAUUCUAUUGUUUGUGAGCGAUCUUGAUAAACAACACAAUAUUGUUUCAUUCUGCAACUCAUUGAAAAAGGGUGCGCUGUUUGUUCUCGGUCAUGUUAUUGUGACCGAUGAUUUUUCAUUGGCUGUUCCAGAAGCCCGUCGACAGCAAACUACAUGGACUAAGCUGGUCGAAUACUCCAAGAUCAAAGCUUUUGUGAAUAUUGCGGUUGCACCUGCUGCGGAAUGGGGCAUGCGGAACAUCGUGCUCAAUUCAGGACUGGGAGGCAUGCGGCCCAAUAUUGUUGUGAUUGAUCAAUUCCGACAAGACCAAGCAUUGGUGGAGACUUUGUCCGUGAGCAGCAACCCUAAAUGGCGACGUCGCUCAUCUGUGCUUGGCUCGAAGCAACAAUCAUCGGAGGAAGCCAAUGUUCCGAUCAAGCCUAUGAGUCUUCAAAGUUACGUGACUGUCCUCGAAGAUCUUCUCUUCAAGCUUCGCAUCAAUGUUGCUGUGGCUAAGGGCUUCGAGGAACUUGAAUUGCCCGAUCUCAAUGGCCGUCACACAAAGAAAUACAUUGACCUCUGGCCGAUCCAGAUGUCAGCCGAGCUGGGGGCUGAUACAGAGAGCAAGCAAAAUGUUCUGACCACCAACUUCGAUACUUAUACCCUGAUUCUCCAGCUGGGUUGCAUCCUUAACACUGUCCCCUCAUGGAAGAAGACAUACCAAUUGCGCGUGGCAGUGUUUGUAGAAUAUGAAACCGACGUAGAAGAUGAGAGAGGACGAGUUGAAGCACUUCUGGAAAAGCUACGGAUAGAAGCCGAAGUUCUCGUGUUCUGGCUUGCAUGUGGGGAUUUGAAAGCAUACCGCAUUAUUGUUAACGGAGACGCUUCCCCAGACGUAUCGGAUGCCCAGGAGAUCGUUGACACCGUUUUGCGCGACGAGGAUUGGUGGCAAGGUGUCUCGAAAGCUCGCAAGAACUCCGAGGAAUCAGACGCAACCAUUGAUGAUUUGCGGGCAAGCAGAUCGACUACCUGGCAAGGUCCCGCGAGUCAAGACAGUGGAAGCCGACCCCUGCAACAACGCGUGACUGGACUCAGAAAGCUCAUCCAGUCCAACAGACGAAGACGCUCCGUAUCCAGCUUUAGAGCGAUGGGAGGAGUCAACUUGGGCAUGCAAACCCACCGCCUAUUGGAUUCCUUUGUUGACUACGAUGGGGAUAACUCUAGUAGCGAGAGCAGUGAUGACAGCGACUUCGACCCUUACAUCAGUGAUCCAGAAAUGGGCAAUGAAGGCGACGACGAACUUGAGCAGGAGGACAUGACUCAAAACCGACAUUCAUCCUCUCAGCUGCUUAUUCGAUCCAAGAGCGAUCAAAGUAGUGUGACUCCAUCACCACGACCACACCCACAGUCUGUCUCUUCGUUUGAGAAUGAACCCACGUCCCGCCAAGCGAUUCCUUCUAUCGUCACUGAUGAAAACGCAUCACCAAAGAAAACAUCUUUUGCUCAUCCUAAUCGCCCCGGUAUUAGCCGCUCCGCCUCCAGCAACCGAUUCAGCUCCUCGCCAAUCCCAGAAGCCAAGGUUAACACGGAAGAAGAAGGAGCGGGCCCGUCAAUUAUGUUCGCAUCGAAUGCAUCGCCCCCUCGCUUCGCACAGAAACUUGAAUCCAUCUAUGCCCGUCGCACAUCGGCCGUCUCGCCCACUUCCACCGGUGCGCAGAGUAGCCAAACAGCGUCUGGGUUCCCAGGUCCCGCUUCGGUCCCGCUGUCAUUCAAUGAUCUUCCCAGCCGAGCCCAACAUCUUAUCCUCAAUGAGUUGAUGGUUCAGCAUAGCAGUGACACGGCUGUUAUCUUCACGACGCUGCCCUCGCCGGUAGAAGGCACCUCCCUCAGUGAAGAAGAUUGUGCAUCGUAUUUGAGUGACCUGGAGGUCCUAUGGCAAGGUCUUCCUCCCUGUCUGCUGGUCCACAGCAACAGCAUGACUGUGACGAUGAAUUUAUAA